ACAAUUGUCACUGGCCUAUUGAACAUGAUACAUCGACUGCCAUCAGAACUUGGAACACUACUCGCGACAAUCACAAGCUGGUCUAUUAUGCGCGCACUCGACAAUACGCGUCGACGACAAUAACUUUCGAGUCGCAGUUGCGCCUACUUAUUGCCAGCGCCCUCUUCACUUCUUCUCACUUUCUUCAGCACAAGAAAGCGCGAAUCCCAGACCCACUUCGACACCACCGACACACCCACACAUCAGAAGCUUCCAGCACCUUCACCAUGGCUGGCGCAACGCCUCGCAACACGCGUUCCCGCCACAACACCCCUCUCCCUGCAGUGCCCUCGCGUCAAUCCCACGCAUAUGGCGCUCAAGGCAAAGCCGCACUCGAGCAACAGGUCACCACCUCCGCAGCUGAUGUCAAUGCCGCCUUCACGACUACCACACGUCGCUCGCAGCGCGCUUCGACUCGUCAGCUCUCGCACGACACUGCCACUCCUGCUCCCGCUACGAAGGUUGGCCGCAAGUCCAAGGUCGCCGCUCCCGUGAUCGAAGAGGAAGAAGAAGACUUUCCGGAGAUCAACGGUUCUACUCGCAGUAUCAUUGACCAAGACGAAACCGCCGAGACCGACGAUGAGGCCAGACCGGGUACCUCACUUCAGCAUUCCGCCGCAUACAUCAACGCGCCAUUUGCCGCCCCUGCUCGACGUUCGCCACUGCGCGUUCCCGCCCGCACACUUCCUCCAGCCGCAGAUUAUUUCCCUGAAGAGGCAGCUCAUGAGCCGUGGUUGGCGACCGUCUUCUUUCACACCCUGCCGCGCUAUCUCAAAGCGUUCUACGGCAAUGGCUGGCGGCGCACCAUCCUCAUAACGCUCACCUUCUUCCUCGCAAUCCUCGCUGUUUUCGCUACGGUUAUCGGAACUCUGUUCGGUGCUGCCAUGGUUCGUCUUCCUACGGCCUGGGAGCCGGCGCGCACUGCUUUUUUCUAUCGUGCCGCCAUGAUCGUCGGUCUGCCAGGCUACGAUCGACCACCUCAGGAGCUCGAGGCACGCUGGCACCGCUUCACCCACUCCGAGAUGUUCUCUGAUCUCCUGCCGCAAGUCAGUGUGCCCGAAUAUCAAUGGGCCAUCAAUGCGCACCUGCUCGGCCGCAUCGAAGGCACGGAGAACCAGACCGAGAUUGUGAAGCAGCACCUCGCCACCCACCAAGCCAUGAUCACCGAGCUUCAAGACAUCUUGCCCAGAGCCACGGUCCUCGAGAGAGAAGAUGGCGAGUUCGUCAUCCCUCAGCUGUUCUGGAGAGCGCUCGCCCACAAGAUGGAGAGCCAUGACGCCUCACCGGUGUGGGAGCAUUUCCUCACCACCAACGAGGAGAAACUCCGCGCCUACAACAACGAGGUGAUGGCCGGCAACUUCGAGGGCAUGGUCAAAUCCCACCAUCUCCUGACGCACGACGAGUUCCAUGGCGCCCUGUCGAACCUUUCUCGCUCCCUACAUGACGACCUUGACCAGAAGCUACGGAGAUUCAAGCUUGACACGCUCGAAGAAGCCCGAUCUGCUGCUCACGAAUACCUCGAGAAGUCUGAAAUUAUGUCUCUCGCACGCCAGCAAAUACGGUCACUCGGUCAUGCCAACUACGUCUACAACCUGGACAAGAAGCUGCACGAGAUCAACUACUUCGCUCUCGGGCAAGGCGCCAUGGUCGAUCCUCACUACACUUCCGCCACCAAGAUGCCCAAGACCACGAACAUCUUCCAGUCGCUCCUCCACCUCUCUGGCUUUGCUCGACAGUACCCGAAUCCACCAACCAUGGCUCUCACAACCUGGGAAGAAGCUACAGAUUCCUGGUGCGCAGCGACCUCGAACGACGAGAAGUCCCUGGCGCAGCUCACUGUCAAGAUGGCGCACAAAAUAUACCCACAAGAGAUCAUCAUCGAGCAUAUUCCGGCCAAGGGCACCCGCGAUAUCACUUCCGCACCAAGAGAUUUCGAGGUCUGGGUUCAGGUUGCCAAUGAAACUGAGGCUACCCGCAUCAAUGAGGGCCUCGAGGGCCACAUCACAUGGCACACCAGUACCCGUACCGCAUGCCAGGGCAAGCCACCGAAUGGAGAGAAGACUUGGGUCUGCCUCGUUGGAGAGCAGUACGACAUCAAUUGGCACAAUUUUGUGCAAGGCUUCACGCUUUGGACAGAUGUUCAGGGCUAUGACAUUGCAACUGAGCGUAUUGCAGUGCGUGUUGUGAGCAAUUGGGGCUCACCUGACCACACAUGCUUGUAUCGAGUGAGAGUUGGCGGCAUUGAAGUAGCAUGAAGAUAGGAUCACAGGACUUUCUUGGCGUUUAAAGUGAGCGUAGGCAUAGCGAAAGAUACCCCUUGGCUUGGCACGAGAUAGAUGAACUGAACAAAAG